CAGACAAUCUGUUCGGUGCUCUUCGAGUCCUUUCGAAAGGACCCGGAAGCGGGUAACAGUUGGGCUGACUUGAUGUCGAACUGGGACUUGGAGAUCAGACCGCUCAGUGAGAGCAAAACAGUGGAGCCUUACCUACGCAUAGAGGAGCUGUGGCACCAGGUGAUGGUCUUCACCAUCGUUGCUGUCUGCUUGACCAUUUUGGCGUUCGGAGUCUGUCUAGCUGCCGGUUGCUACGUGGUCAGGCUGAAGGCGAAGGCAGCUCUCUUAAGGCGUCAUCAGGUUAGUCACUUUGGAGACAUGCAAUUUGUGGACGGUGGUUGUCUGAACAGCGCUGGCACCGUUGGACCUGGGAGUGUUGGUGGCGUAAGCGGUGGAGGAGGCACGGGUAUCCCAGUCUACCUGCAGCGACUCUCAUCGCUUGACUACAACACCCAAAGCCUUCAACGACCUCCAUCUGUACGCAGUUUUGCGCUCUCCAGACCACCUACUACUUCUAGCAUUCCCCCGGACACCGCUCAAACUCCCACCGAGCAGCCUUUUGUCUUCUCAAAUGGAUUCAAUCGUCAUGCUGAAACUCUGGGAUGGCCUCCGGUUUACCGCAGUCCUACAAAGGCAUGGGGUGAUUUCAGCUUUGAUACAUUCGCACGAGCUCCUCCAUCCACCACCGCAGCCGGUGGUAUGGACCUAAGUGCCCAUGCAGAUGCACUGCCCACUGUAAAUUCACCAGAAGCAUACGCUUGUCGUCAUGACACCUAUGGGUACCUGUCAGAAUUGCACAACCAUCUUACUGAGAACUUGACAACCUCAGCACCCGUGAUGAAUAAUAUGCUGACGUUGAGGAGUUCGUCAAUCCUAAGUCCCACGUCUUGUCAACAGCCAUCAAAGAGUCCUACUGAGGUGGAAGAUAGUACGAUGGAUAUGCGGAAGAAUGACUUCCAAAUGGCACCUGCCUCUCCGCCCAGUGAAUUUGCUGACCUUGUAAUCAAGUGA